AUGUCUUCAGCAAACUCAACAAAAUUAAAUUUAUCAAAAGCUGAACUUCAGAUUUUAGUAACAUUAAAUGAUCCAUCAAUAUCAUUCACUAAACCAAAAAAUAAAAGAAGUGAAUGUUGGUCAAAUUUUUCUCAAAUCUAUCAUGAAAAUAAUCCACUAGAUUAUAUUAUAUGUCUUCAAUCCAAAACUGUAUUGAAAUGGACAAGUGAAGAUGGGACAAGGGUCAUGAGUCAUCAUAAUUGCUUGAACAAAUCUAUUUCAACGACUCCAUCUCGACAACGAACAAUUUCAUCAUAUUGUCAACAAUCAUCAGCAUCAAAAGAAUGCCCUUUUUUCCAAAAAUGUAUUGCAGAAGCUAGUGUUGAAUAUUGCGGAGUCGAUUGUCGUCAAUUUGAAAGUAUUGCCGGUGUUGAUUUUAUGAAUUUAGCUAAACAAUUAAUAAUUGCUGGUGCUAGUCUUGGUACAUCUGUAACUGUUAAUGAAUUAUUACCUCAUCCAAGUACAAUUGCUCGUAAUUUUGAACGUGUUUAUUCGAAUCUAAAGAAACAGCUUGUAUCGAUAUGUAUUCAUUAUGACGGAUUAAGUCUGUAUUAUGUUGAUGAACAAUCACAACUUCGUGUUUUUACGUUAGCAUGCCAAGCAUAUGGUUAUGAAACACAACAUGCACCUAACUUACGAUUAUUUGUGAAUAAAACUUUAGAACAAUUUGGUCUCUAUUUGUCUAAUAAUAUUUUUAUAGUAAUUGACAACGAGAAUACAAUGAAGUGUGCGUUUAAAGAUGAUGUUCGACGUAUUGGAUGUAGUGCACACUAUUUGAAUAAAAUACUGUAACAUGCAUUCAUCGAUGAUAGUGCUGCAUGUGAUGCUGCACAAUUAUUAUUUAAAAUUGUUCGAGCUAUUGUUACAAAAAUUCGUAAAUAUCAUAAACAAUCUCUUUUAUCAACGUGCUUGCAGAAUUAUUCAGAUACUCGUUUUAAUGGUGUAUAUCUGAUGUUUGAUUCAUUUUUAAAAGUUUAUUAUGAAUUACCAGCAAUUAUCAGUGAUGAACAGAAAAAAAAAAUUUUUAAAUUGAUCGUGAUAGUCUAGAAUCAUUAUGCAAGUAUCUGAAGAAGUUUUAUGAAGUACAGUCAAUGUUCCUAAUAAGAACAGAUUUUUUGUAGGUCGGAAUAAUUCCUUUGCUACUAAGUCAUUUCUCGUGGUAAAAAAAUUUUUUUUACAUAUCUGAGUGCAGAAAUGUCUGCUGCAUCGAAUGAUGUAAAAAUCAUCUAAUUAUCUCGUAAACUAAUUAAGUAAUUAGCGGUAGUUUGCGAAUAACCGAAUUUGUUCUUAUUAGGAGCGCUGUUCCUAAUAAGAACAGCAAGCAAAAAAAGUGUUCCUAAUAAGAACACUCUAUGUAAAAUACAUAGAAAUUUAAAUAUUUUUAGUAAAUUGACUUUUUUAUUCUUGGAAUAAAAAAUUUCGAUAUACUUCUUUAACAAAAAAUGUUCCUCGUCACUUGAUACCAUUCAAUCUCAAGGUUCAGAUUUUUUCAAUUUGUAAUAACAAAGUGAUUACAUUUUUAAAAAUAGCUCGCCUGUUCUUAUUAGGAACACUGUUCCUAAUACGAACAGUCAGCGAAAAAAUGUUCCUAAUAAGAACAUUCUAUGUAAAAUACAUAGAAAAUAAAAAAUAUUAACUAAACCAGGAUUCUUCAUGUCUAAACUAAAGAAUUUCUUUUUGUGGGUGCAUUAAAAAAUGUUCCUUGACUCAAGUUACAUUAAAAUCCAGCGGUAGAAAGGAAACGGAGUUACUGUUUGAUUUUUAUUGAUAAAAUUGUUAUUUCUAUUUUUUAUUGAUUUUUUUUUAUUUAUUUUUAAUAUCAUUUUGAACAAAAUUUUCAUUGAAUGAUGUUCAAAUUUAACAUAUAUGCUAUUUCC